CAGCGCGACAGGGCUAACAGGGGGGCGGCUCCUGGGUUACGAGCGGGGGCCGCAGCUGUGGCGUUGGCUGCGGUGGCGUCGGCGGCGGUGGAUGCUGUGACUGCUGCAGUGGAUGAGGGCUGUAGCAGUGAGGAGGAUGUGAAGGGAAAGGAGGAGGAGGAGGAGGAGCAGCAGCAGGAGCAGAGAAGCAGGCCGUUAUCUUUUUGGGAGUGGCUGGGCGGGCGACCUGAGCUGUGGGUGGACCCCCUGGCCAGCCGGGUCAUGGGGGGACUGCAGCAUUGGGACAACACGGGGGGCAGUAGUACUGCUGGUGCUGGUGCUGCUGCGGAGAACACCAGCAACUGGAGGAGCCACGCGUCCUUUCGUACUAGCAGCAACAGCACUCGCGGGAUAAGCACCAGCAGCAGCAGCAGCAGUAUGAGCAGCAGCAAACGUGUCGUUCCCCUGUGUUUCGGUCCGCUAGAGCUAGCGACCAUAGUCUGGGCCGCAGCCCGGCUGCAGCUGCAUCGAGCGGUUCCGGAGCACUUCCCCUGGCUGUUGCAUGACAUCAUGUACGGCAGCUACAACCAGAUGUCGUACUUUGACGGGCGGCAGUUGGCUCAGUUGUCGUACAGUCUCGCGCAGCUGGGCCCUGCGGCGGUCCCGCCUGCGCGGUGGGGUGCGCGGUUCCUGGCCGCUGCUGGGGAGCGAAUGGGGGAGAUGGAUUCGCAGUCGCUGGCUAACCUGGCCCACUCCCUGGAGCCGCUCAACCUGCGACCCGACCCCGCCUGGCUGCGACACCUGCUGGCGGCCUCGGGGACCCGCAUGCUGCAGCCGGGGGCGGGGGCGGGGACGGGGCCAGCAGCGGGGGCCCGCAUGCUGAAGCCGGG